AUGUUUGUUAGAAGUAUUAUGUAUCAAGAACUGAGAUUUGCUAGAAGUAUCAAGGAUCAAGAACUGAGGUUUGCUAGAAGUAUCAAGUAUCAAGAACUGAGGUUUGCUAGAAGUAUUAUUUAUCAAGAACUGAGAUUUGCUAGAAGUAUCAAGCAUCUAGAACUGAGGUUUGCUAGAAGUAUCAAGUAUCAAGAACUGAGGUUUGCUAGAAGUAUCAAGUAUCAAGAACUGAGUUUUGCUAGAAGUAUCAAGCAUUGA